AUGGCCCACGGCCGGCCGGACCAGCAGCAGCAGGACGACCCCCCCUCGCUGGGGAACGGCUUCCCCCCCCCGGUGCCGGAGCCCCCCCCCGGGCCCCGGCUGCUGCCGCGGGUGGACGGCGCGGUGCUUCCGGCGCUGGGGGGGUUCGGCAGGAGGCAGCAGCAGCUGGUGGUCCUGACCUGGAUCCCGGCUCUGUUCAUCGGGUUCAGUCAGGUCUCGGAUUAUUUCCUCCUGGCGCAGCCCACCGGAACGUGCCUGCAGCCCCCCCCCGACGGCAACUGGACCGGGGGGGGGGCACCGGCGCUGCUGCUGCUGCCCGGGGGCAACGGCACCACCGGGGGGGGGCAGGGACCGGGACCGGGACAGGGACCUGGACCGGGGGACGGGAUGUGCGCCUGCACGGAGUGGAGUCUGGAGCUGGAGACGGGACUCAGCCAGAAUGUGGUUACCAAGUGGAAGCUGGUGUGCGACUCGGCCUGGAAGGUGCACAUCGCCAAGUUCUCCCUGCUGGUGGGAUCCAUAUUUGGCUACCUAGUGAUGGGUGUCAUGGCCGACUGGUUUGGUCGACACCCGGUGAUGAUCCUCUCCGUGCUCUUCAUGCUGGUGUUCGGUCUGAGCGUGGCCUUCUCCACCAACGUAACCAUGUUCAGCACCUUGCGCUUCUUUGAGGGUUUCUGCUUGGCGGGCCUGGCUCUCUCCCUCUACGUGCUCAGGAUCGAGCUGUGUUUGCCCGCUUGGCGUUUCUCCAUGACCAUGGUGGCCAGCUUCCUGAUGGUGGGGGGGCAGCUCCUGAUGCCGGGCGUGGCCGCGCUGUGCCGCGGUUGGCCGGACCGGGACGACUGGCAGGUGCUGCAGAUCGUCAUCAUCAGCCCCUUCGUCCUGAUGCUGCCCUACGUCUGGUUUUUCCCCGAGUCACUGCGCUGGCUGCUGGCGACCAAGCACUACAGGAGGUCAAAGGUCAUGAUGCUUCACAUCGCCAAGAAGAACCAGGUCGACCUGACAGCCGAGCCCAGCGCGGUGUUCACAGAGCUGGAGCAGGAGCUGCACAAGAGGCCCCAGAGGACCUGCGUGGUCCAGAUGAUGAGCACCAGGAACCUGUGGAAGAACAUUGUGGUGCUGUGCGUCAACUCCCUGACCGGUUACGGGAUCCACCACUGCUUCGCCCGCAGCAUGAUGGACCCGGAGGCGCAGCCGACCGCGCUGUGCCACGCAGACUACUACACCAUGGCUGGCAUCGCCGUGGCAACCUGCCUGGCGGUGUGUCCCGCCGUGGGGCUGAUGGGACGUCGGGGGGGUCUCCUCACCUUCAUGAUCAUCACGGCCCUGGCGUCCCUGCUGCAGCUCGGCCUCCUCAACUUGAUCGGGAAGUACAGCCUUCGCCACGACACAGUUCUGCGAGACUCCCUGAACAGGAAGUUCUCUGUGGCGUUCUCCAUCAUCGGGAUGUUCUCCUCGCACGCCGUCAGCACGCUCAGCAUCUUCUUCUGUGCUGAAAUCACCCCGACAGUCAUCAGGGGGGGCGGGCUCGGCCUGGUCCUGGCCAGCGCCGGCUUCGGGAUGCUCACCGCUCCCAUCAUGGAGCUCCACAACCAGAAGGGCUACUUCCUGCACCACGUGAUCUUCGCCUGCUGCACGCUGCUGUGCAUCAUCUGCCUGCUGCUGCUGCCGGAGCCGCGCGGCCAGCCGCUGCCGGAGAGCCUGGCCGACGGAGAGACCUUCACCCGGCAGACGCUGCUGCACCCGGGGGAGCAGCACCUCCUGCUGGUGAAGAGCGACAGGGACUACUCCCGCGUCCACGACACGCCCUUGCACCUCUCGACCACCGGGGGCGCCACAGUGGCAGCGGCCACCGCUCUGGCAGCGGUGCCGGCCUCGUACGCCCUGGCGACCGGUGGGGAGGUGAUUGGGAAUUGUGCCGUAGCCAAUGGGGUGUGA